GUGAAUGCAUGGGUCUUGCUUGUCCCUCCAAGGCAAGGCAGCUGGUGUCCUCCCUAUCACAGCCAACAUCUCCACGCUGUUCAUUAGCAAGUAUCAUUUCAUCAUUUGCAAAGGUCAGAGCUGUGUCUUGCCUACAAGUUUAAUCAACACAAAAGCACCUAAAGAAUGUGGGACCAUGAAAAGAAAUGAGGUGUCACCAAGUCCUCCCUCAGAGGAGAGCAGCGUAUUGGACCUACCCUCUGUUUGUGACCUAGGAGAGCGCUUUCUGCCUCCAUACAGUUCUGAAAACAGCGAGGAGCUUUUUCACUCCAUGGAUACUUUUCCCUCUCUGCCCACAGGAGAGAGCAAUCUAUCCUCUGCAGUUCCUGCGGGCUUUGCUGCUGGAGGCUCUGAGGAAGCAAACGUGAGAUGUUAUCCAGAAGCAGAGUUAUGUGAGCCCACCAAACCUAUCGGUGCUGCGCUCUCCUCCAUGUAUGAACAUGGUAAUGCAGAAGAUACCGAUAUCAGGAAAUCUCUUGAUGGCUUCUACAAAAUGUAUUGUAAAAAAUGGCCAGACAGAACGGAUCCCACCUACGAGGCUGCAUCACGAUGUCUGUCACAGAAAAUUUCAGAGCUGGCAAACCGGGAUGGAACAAAAUAUGCAUCGCGUUGCCUGCAAAUGGCCCAGGUGGUCUUGAACAGAGAUGGGUGUAAGAUCUUUCCAAACCACCCCACUACUGCUUGUUUUUCAAAGCCAGCUGAAGGAGAAGUUGUGUUGGAAGACAUAAAGAGAACACCUGGACUCUCCGAUGAUGUCCUGCAAUUCCUCUUGAAACAAACAUGGACUGAACAGAGCCCUGACAUGUCACAUGAGAAAUGAGCAAGACACAGCAGGAGGGGGGAUGUUUCUGUCAUUGGAGCUUUACUUUCACUGUGAAAAAAGGUGAUCUUAGAAAGUAACUCUUCUCUUAGCACCCUCUUGAACACACUUAUUUCAUGGAGGAAUUCCAUAUUCCAUCUGGAGCAGACCUUGCCAUCUUGGUCUCUGCAGAACACCGCUGCAUAAGGAGCAUCUGUGGUCCCCAUGAAACUGCUUCAGAUGUGUUGACUUAAGUGGGAUGGGUGAUCAGUGAUGCAGUGUCUGCUGCUGGGACAUCAAACAUGAUGAUUUAUACCUACCAGGCUUUUAAAUUGACCUGCAUUCCUACGCCAGCUGAACAGUGGCCCAGCCCAAAUUCAAACUUUGCAUAGGCAAGGAUGUCCAAGUGCUGUUGACUAUAACACACUGACUGAACAAGCUUGGAACAAUAUUCCUCAGAGCUAGGGAGGAAAUUUAAGACUGUUCUGUACCUGACAGAUACUAUAACUCCUGUGCUUCCAUAGGGUGCCUGAUAGCCUGUGUGUUUACUUAGAGAUAUACAAUUCUACAGAUCAUGAUUGCAAUGCAGGUGAGCUUUUUCAACAAGAAAAGUGUUUUUAUCAGAGAGGAAAUAAAGCUUCUGAGCAGGUUAUUUUUUUAACAGGAAGGAUAAAAAAAGAAAAUAAAAAAGCUUUAUCACCGUAGUGAUGUUUCUAACACUUCAAGUGCUCCAGCUGAACAGAUUGAGGAUUUUUUUCGUGUCUGUAUGAGGUGGUUUAAGAGCAACCUGAAAUAGAUUCGUGAGUAAGGGCUCUGCAGAGGUGUCUGUAGGGAAGCUGCAGAGUUGUUGCCAGCUGCCCUGGUAGCUGCCUCCUGUAAGGAAAAGCAGGAGAAGCAGAGCUCACAUAUCAGCAUGCCCAAGACUGUGGGUCACUUGGUUGGUUCUGUAGGGCCAGUGUUGCUUUCUCAAGCUGUCUCCCUACACAUUAGCUCCUGCUGAUUUUUUCUACCACAGGGUCUGAGCUCAGAGCUUUCACAGAGAGAAAAUCAAUGCUUGUUGGUUGAGUACACUCUUAUCUUUGUUGGCACUGCACAAGACCUUGUGAUCACUUCCCUGGUGUGUUGAUGGAUGAGGGAAAAUGUUCUGUGAGAUGUUUGAACCACCCCACCAGUAGGGAUCAUCUGGUGUUGGUUACAGUAAAGGUUUGCUUUUUCUAAGCUCUGCUGCUGUUUAUACCCGCAACUUUCUUGCUCUGGUUUUAGUUGGCAAGAUCAGCACUAGCUGCAGUGGGAACUGGCCUAAUUCACUGGUUGCCCAGCUUAGGUUUUGGUGGCUGCCACUUGCCUAUGACAUUAAGAGGUGACCUGAAGGACUAAUUCCCAGCAGUUGGUUUUGGUAGGGAAUUUAAAGUGCUUUAAGUCUGAUGCGUUGCUAUGAAUUUGGCAGGCUUAAUUCUCCUUUGCUUUGUGCUUAUGGGGUGAAUCCCAAGGAAAAUAGCUGCACAAGGGAUGCAGGACUGGGCUCCCACUGUCAAAGCUGUGGUGGGAAGGGUGCUGCUGUUGCACAGGGCUGCAGUUCGGGUCCCUCUGUUCAGCAUGUGGGAGCCCUUUGAAAUGGUCAACCAGAUCCAGUCCCUCUCUGGACAGGUUAUCGGUUAUUAAAGCUGUGCUUUACUGUCUGCAAUUAUGAAUGUUCUGUUCUUGAACGAGGUAUCAGGCUCUAAAAGAGACACUUGGAUUGGAGAAGAUAGGUACAUUGUAGUCCUUACCAGGGUUGCCAGGCCCACUGCUUUGAUUUAGAUUUUGCUUUGUUUCACAGCUUGCAAAUCAGAGAAUUCUUUUGGAAAAAUACUGAGUUUUGGCUUCUCCAAACUUUUAUUGUUAGAUUUUAAUUAAAAUUUGGAAUAAACCUGAUUAGUUUAUGGCAGAUUUUCAUGUAUUAGAUGCUUACAGAAGCAGAGCAGAGCUCAGCUAGGUAAAUUAGGCUCCAAAAUCCCAUUGGUUUUUAAUGACAACAAAACAAGCUAAAUGUUUAAGCAGUUUUCUCAGAUAUCUGGUGUAAGGAGCUGAAAUAUGAUAGAGUUUAGAAUACCUGAUCAUUACUUCUGUGAAACACCUCCAUUCCUGCAGAAGCACUUAAUAUUAGGAAGUGUUUCAUUGGAAUCUUACAGUUCAAUCACUUCUAUUAAGUUAAACAAGACUACAGCACAGAGAAUAAUACUCAUCACUCCUUUUCCCACUCACUGCUAAUUAAUUUUUUACAAACCUGUGCUGGAACCUGCUCUGUGUAUUUCCAAGUCUGCUGAAAGCCAAACCAUUUUUAUUACUCAUUUCCUUGAUAAACAUCUCUCCUCAAUUCCUUUGAGACAUAGGGAGACGAAUGCAUCUCUCUCCUUUGCCAGGUGUUUCAAGCAAGACUCACCAAUUGCUUUGAACAGGCUGUUCUUGAAAGAAGCACAGUCCUAUUUGGCAUUUUAUGCUGCUACAUAGAAGACAUCAUAAUAAUGCGUAUUACUUCUGGUGAGCAAUAGCACAGGGGGGCUAACUUAGUCUAUUUGAACUUCUUAAACUGAUUUGCAGUUAUAACUAUGAUGUGUUGCUUUGAAUUAACUAAGUUGGAUUUUUUUUUUUCCCCUCCUAUUUUUGUGGGUUCUUUGCUUUUUUUUGUCUGUUGCUUUUGUAACUUUUCUUAGCCUAAGGGCAAUCCAUCCACGUUUUGGAUCCUCUAAAAUACUCUUUCACAGACUACUUCACCUCUUUCUUUCAGUGGAGUCUUCAGAAAAAUGGAAGCAGCUUUGAAGGAGCAAUCAGCUUAAAAUGUGUGAGGCUGCCAAGAUCCUGUGUCAAGCCAGUCCCCAGCAGUGUCGAGUAGGACAGCUGUGUUAAAACGCCAGUGCACCUCCCACCACUGCAAACACAGCCACAAGUGCCUUGUCCUCUGCUGCCAGUUGUAGAGGCACGAACUUCGCCAGAGCAUUGCCCCUUACAAACAAGUGUCCAGGCAGUGAUGGGAGACAGGGGAGGACAGGACCCCAGGAACAAAGAGAGCAGGAGGAGGGAUUUGGAGGGGAAAAACAGCCCCAGGGGCACAGGUGGGUGAGUAGGUGCCUCAGGUUGGGCUUUUGGGCAGCUGCUCUCCUGGGUGUUGGCCCCACCCCAGCCAGUCACCCUGUGGACAGGAGAAGGAGGCAGCCCCAGUGGGGAAGAGUGCUCCUUCCUUGCUAGUUUAAACUCAGUUUAACAGCGCUUCUGUCCUGUUUCCCUCCCCACCAUCAUCCCUCCACCAACCUCCAGUUCCUUUAUGUCUUUUGUGGUGGUGCUAAUGAGAUCCCUGGAGGAGUUUUCCAUUUAAAAUGAAACAGAUGUCUCUGAGCCCAAAGAGCCUGAUGUCAGUCAGCAACAGAGCAAUGAACCCACACACAACCACUUAAGGAUUCUCUCUUGGAGGCCUCUUAUCUACUCGCUCAGUGGCUUUUUUGCUGCCUUACUCCCUCUGAUAGGAAGAUGUGUGCCUUUCUGCAUGUUUUCCACACUCUGUUUUGUCCACUGAAGGGGUGGUUUGCUGCAAGAUGUUGCUUGCUUACUGGGGAGGCCAUACAUUCUCCAGUGUGGAUGUGUUCAAGGAAACAUGGAAAGCAAGAGGAGGGGAUGUGCUUUAGUUAACAGUAUACGGACAAAGAAGAAAGCACAGUUGGGAUCUCAAAGGUCAACUUCAAGGUUCCCAGCUAAUGUUCUUACUCACACCGCUUGCACCAGUUUUAGCACUUGAUCUUCAGCAUUUCACUUUGGAGAUAGUUCUUACCCUGCCAGCCCAACUGCUGAGAUUCCUUGUCUCUUCCCUUUCCUCUGGCCAGAUCCAAGGACGGGUGUUCAUGUUUCAUGCAGCCUGCUGCAGUUUCACAUGGAGCUGCUAUUCCUGCCUUUCUGCCCCCAGCAGGUUGGCACAGCCCCUCUGCUCUGCAGGUGUUUCUAGCAAAGGCAAUGGAAAUUUGGCUUUAACCAAAGCAGGAAGAGGCCCUGCUGGCCCAGCUGGCUGCAAAUUAUGGCCAAGAUCUAUGGAUUUGAUGCAAUCUCUCUUUGCAAAUAGAUUUACACUGGAACUGU